CGGUUGGCGUCCUCCGCGGCUCCUGCCCGCGGCGGGCUUUUCAAAUCUGCGCUUUGGAGAAGUGGCGACAGCCGGGCUGAUCGCGCUUGCGAUGGACCGGCAGGCCCUGGGGGCCCCGCAGCUCUGCAGGGCCGGCCUUCCCGCAGCGCAGGACUGCAACAUUCAAGAAAAAAUAGAUUUAGAAAUUCGAAUACGAGAAGGAAUAUGGAAGCUCCUUUCCUUGAGCACUCAAAAAGACCAGGUUUUACAUGCAGUUAAGAAUCUCAUGGUAUGCAAUGCUCGAAUAACAGCUUACAAAAUGGAGCUACAGAAUUUAGAAAAGCAGAUUGCAGAUCAAACUGGAAGAUGUGACGUGAAUUUUGAAAGUAAAGGACGAACGGCGUGUAAAGGGAAGAUCGCCAUAUCAGAUAUUCGAAUACCACUAAUGUGGAAAGACUCAGAUCACUUCAGCAAUAAAGAACAAUCACAGCGCUAUGCCAUUUUUUGUUUAUUCAAAAUGGGAGCUAAAGUUUUUGACACAGACAUGGUGAUUGUGGAUAAAACAGUCACAGAUAUAUGUUUUGAAAAUGUAACGAUCUUCAAUGAAGCAGGGCCAGAUUUUCAGAUAAAGGUGGAAGUAUAUAGUUGUUGUACAGAAGAAUCUUCCAUCACUAACACACCAAAAAAGCUCGCUAAGAAACUUAAGACAUCUAUCAGUAAAGCUACAGGAAAGAAAAUAAACUCAAUACUUCAAGAAGACGAUCACGAAAUAUGCUUGUUCUUCAGUUCUUCUGUUUCUGGUGCCAAGUAUAAUUUGCUAGCUCAUACUACUCUAACCUUGGAAAGUGUUGAGGAUAGCUUCAAGACCCAUAAUCUGUCUGUAAGUGGAAAUGAGGAGUCUUCGUUUUGGCUUCCCUUAUAUGGCAGUAUGUGCUGCCGAUUAGUCGCCCAGCCAGCUUGUAUGACUGAGGAUGCAUUUGGAGGAUUUCUUAACCAGCAGCAAACAGUAGGAGGUCUGAUUAGUUGGAGAAGGUUGUAUUGUGUUUUGAGAGGGGGUAAACUCCAUUGUUUUUAUAGUCCAGAAGAGAUUGAAGCUAAAGUGGACCCAACUUUGGUAGUACCAAUUAACAAGGAAACCAGAAUUCGGGCAAUGGAUAAGGAUGCCAAGAAAAGAUUUCAUAUUUUUUCUAUUAUCAACCCUGUUGGUGGACAAGCUGUGACUCAGAUUUUUGCAGCUGACAGUAGAGAAGAUCUUCAGACGUGGAUGGAAGCCUUCUGGCAGCAUUUCUUUGAUCUUAGCCAGUGGAAGCAUUGUUGUGAAGAACUUAUGAAAAUUGAGAUUAUGUCACCACGGAAACCACCUUUGUUCUUGACAAAAGAGGCGACCUCAGUCUACCAUGAUAUGAGCAUUGAUUCACCUAUAAAACUUGAAAGUUUAACUGACAUAAUACAGAAAAAAAUUGAAGAGACAAACGGACAGUUCCUAAUUGGUCAGCAUGAAGAAUCCUCACCCAAUCCCUGGGCUGCACUUUUUGAUGGUAGUCACCAAAUGGUCGUCCAGAAAAGGGUACUGUCUCCUGCAAGCGAGCAGUCACAUGAUGGAAAAGGGAAGAAGAGACGGGCUCCCCUUCCUCCUACUGAUAAACCUGCAUUCAGCUUCCAAACGCAGAGCAACACGGAUCAAUCGGUUAAAGAGAACUGGGGGAAAACAAGUGUGUCUCGGGCCUCACCUUUGGAUACCAAACUCUCAGCUCUAAUGCAUCACUUACAGAAACCAGUGGCUGUGCCACGAAAACUUCUUCCUGCCAGGAAAAAUAGUUCAGCUGAUGGUGAGCAGCACACAGACACAAAGCCCAGUUCUGAAGCCAAGCCAGUACCAGCUCCGAGGCAGAAAUCCGUCAAAGACAUUUUGGACCCUCGAUCAUGGCUGCAGGCACAAGUGUAGAAAACCCUUUAACAAAAUCUAUCAUUGUGAGGCUUAAUUCAGAGACAUUAUAGAAUAAGCGUAGUAAUAUUCUGUGAUUAUGUAGGUAAAUAUGUGAGUGAUUUAUCUCAAUAAUUAAUAAACUGUUAGGUAUAGAGAAACAUUUUAUAAUGAAGAAGUGGAUUUCUCUUUUACUUCUGAUUUUCAGAAUAUAAGUGAUUUCCCCAGCAGAGUACAAGAGAGGCAGUUUCUAGACAAUAUCCUAAUUGUUAGAAGGGUUAAUUUAUUCCUAAAUUAGUACCAGGCAGUGAAUAAGCACUAGGCAGAAGAAAGCAUUAAAAUUUCUUUGGGGGAGAGACUGUCUAGUAAUUUAAAAUGUGUUAAAUGUGAGCCAUAUUCUCAUUGUGAGAAUUUUAAUACUAAUGGAAUGUUUCAAAGGUUUUAUUCAAACCACAAAUUAUAGAAUCCACCCAAGAAAAUGUUCUUCUUAGCAUUCUGGAAUUCUCAUCUAAUGGUUCACUGGCUCUCUUCUAUUGUUUAACUCACUAGUUUAUAGGCCUGACCUUUUAAAUUCCUGGGAUAAAUUUUGGAAUAUUAAAUUCUUCAUCUUUAACGGGAAUUUAUAAUGUGCUGUUCACAGUUGUUUCCUUGAUGAGCCCUGAAAUCCUGUUAACUCUCAUAAGUGAAGCAUAACAUUUAUUAGUUUAGAGAAAUGGUAGAUGAAAUGUUCUUUCUAUCCACUGUUGUGUGUGUGGUGCUAAUUUCCUUUGUGACUUUGGAAUUUGGGGAAAUGAGUGACUGA